UAUGUUUAUUUGGGUUUAAUUUUCUAGUGUUAUAUAGAGUUAAUUACAGGUAGAUACUCUCACUGAACACUGACUUUGUGUUUUUUUUUUUGAGUUUAGUUUAAAAAAUGUGAAAUAGAGUUAAUCACAGGUAGACACUAAUCACUAAUUUUAUGUUGUUUAUUGGGUUUAAUAUUCUAAUGUUGUACAUUUAUGUUAUAUAUAGGGAAAGGUUAUCGUGCUGGUUUGUCACAAAAAGAGGGAGGAUCCACCUCUCUCUCUCUCUCUCUCGACCACCUCUUUAAAUCCCCUAUGCCAUUGUAUAUGUAUGUGUGUGUGCGCGUGUAAGUGUAUGAAAGUGUGUGUGUGCUCGCGCUCGCAGAACUGCUCGAGCUCGUCGUUUAACUCGGAUGACAUUUUGAUUUCAUCACUUGGACUCGAGCAGGAGACAGGGACGAUCGGGUCUUCUUCAUCUUUAUCUUCAUCAUUCUUCCAUCACCCCUCCAUGCAGGAUCUUCUACUGGAUCUUCUUCAUCUUCUUCUCAGGACUUUUAAACAGCGUCACCGUCCGUAAGAACCUGUCCAGUUCUUCACCUCAAAGCCCGACCCGCACCUUCUUCUGGACCCGCUGAACUUCUACCGGACCCGCUGAACUUCUACCAUCCAUCCAUCCACCCAUCCAUCCAUCUAUCUAUCUACCUAUAUCUCCGGAGGGUUCGGGUCCAGAAGGGCUGCGAUGGCCGAGGAGACUCGCCCCUCAGCCAAGGACUCUCCGUUCUCCAUUAGGAACCUCCUGACCUGCGACAGUAAAGCCCCGGCCAAGCCCCCGACGAACCCGGCCAAAGCGGGCCUAGACACCGCACUGUCCAUCUCCCGGCUCGGGGACUUUACCCUGCCCCGCCUGGAGCGCUUUGGAUUAGCGGCGCAGUGUUUGGAGCGCAGCCCGGCGUGGUGGUGGUGCUACCCGUACACGAUCAACUCACCAGGACACCUACACGCAGCGGCAGUCUCAGAGCGGCCAGUCAGACCGCCCUCCCCCUCCCCCACCGAUCGGAGCUCCCCGGAGCCCCGCGCCAAAGAAGAAGAGGAGGAGGAAGAAGAGGAGGAAGAGGAGGAGGCAGUGCAGGAGGAUGUGCAGGAGGAGGAAAAGAGGCCGAGCCGCAAAAAGAAAACCCGCACAGUGUUCUCCCGCAGCCAGGUGUUCCAGUUGGAGAGCGCAUUCGACGCCAAGCGAUACCUGAGCAGCUCGGAGCGCGCGUGCCUGGCUUCCAGCCUGCACCUGACCGAGACCCAGGUGAAGAUCUGGUUCCAGAACCGCCGGAACAAGUGGAAGAGACAGCUGGCUGCCGAGCUCGAGGCGGCGAACGCGCACCAUCAUCACCAUCAUCAUCACCAACAGCAGCACAGGAUCGUGCGCGUGCCCGUGCUGUACAGAGAGAGCGCCGAGAGCGCGCGAGGGGGAGCCGCUGGAGGGGGCGUGGGAGGAGGAGUGGGGCAACCCUUACUGUUUCCAUAUUACCCCCAUCCCAUAAUGCCCAGCGUACCACUGCUCAGACCUGUUUAGCCCAGAUUAUUAUUAUUAUUAUUAUUAUUAUUAUUAUUAUUAUUAUUAUUAUUAUUAUUAUUAUUAUUAUUAAUAAAUAUUUGGGUUUACAAAAAUGCAUACAAAACAACUACAGAGCAUUUAUGUUAACCCAAACUGGAACACUGGAAGUUUAAAAAAAGGUGAUGGUAAUGUUUUUUUUAUUAUUUUUAUUAUUAAAAGUUAAUUAUUAAUUAAUUAAUUAAUUGACCCUGAGUAUGUAAAUGAGUACUGGGCCUGCGUGCAUAUGCCCCGCCCCUCCCGCGCGGGUGUUUUUACAGCUCAGUCUGGACAAUCUCUCACUCUGUUUCACUCUUUUAUACUCAGAACUUUAAAGACUGUCGGGCUCUUUGAACCCCUUCACUGUAAAUAUUCACAAACACUGGUGUAAAUAUAAACAGUGCUGCUGUACAUGGAGAGAGUUUUGAUAUUGUACUGCUGUAAUAAACCGAUUCAUUCAGA